AUGGGGUUAGCAGAGGUGCUGCUCUUACUAUUUCUGACAUUGGGACCAAUGGGUUCGACAGGAGCAGAAAAUACAUCCACGGACAUAACUUUUCCCCUCCCUUCCAACUGCCCAAAAAGCUGUGGUAACAUCAGCUUCGAGUACCCUUUCGGUAUAGGCAGCGGCUGCUUUCGUCCAGGUUUUAAUCUUACCUGCAUAAACCAAACCACUGAUCCUCCUGCUCGUAGCCUCUUCUUGGGCGAUGGCACCGUUGAGGUCAUUGAUUUUGAUAUGGACAAUGGAAUCGUGUACGUGAAAACUCCAAUUGUCACCAUGGGUGUCGAUGAGGACUAUUUCAGCCACACAUUGAUUGAUCUGAGGAAUUUCCCCUUCUCUUUUAACUUGGAGGCAAACUUUACAGACAGUUACACUAUUUCAAUGGCAUAUAACUAUAUUUUUGUAGCCGGUUGCAGCGCUAUUGCCGAUCUAGUUGAUCUUGCUACCAAUAAAACCAUUCAUACUUGCUCAACUACCUGUUAUGCCAAUAGUUCAAGUCCACAUGAAUACUGGUACUCAUUUGAUACAGGAUACUAUAUAAGUCAAUCUUACAGCUCCUUUUGUCCAUCCGAUAACCAAAAACACGAAACAAAUUUUACUCUACAUCCGGUGAAGGGCUGUCCAACAAAAUGUGGGAGUGUUGACAUCCCUUUUCCAUUCGGGCUAAAGAAAGGGUGUUACAGAGAUCGGGCAUUUGCUCUAACGUGCAACCACACAUCAAGUCCUCCCACUCUCCUCUUCCAAGAGUAUUUCAUAGUGCGCAGUAUAUCGUUGGAGAAAGGGCAAUUAGAAAUUGAGUCUGAACACACUGAGCCCUACAGCUUUACCUUUGAAACGAGACUUUUCAUCUACUUUGACGAGCCACCCAUUGUUAGUUGGGUCAUUGAGGAUCAACGUUGUAAGGAUGCUCAAAGCAAUAGGACCAUGUUUGCAUGUGUCGAUGAACACAGCUCAUGUUUUGACAUUAACACCACAACAAGCGAUGGUCAAGAUUUUUGGGGGUACCGUUGCAAUUGCUCCAAAGGUUACGAAGGAAAUCCAUACCUACGUAAUGGAUGUACAGAUAUCGAUGAGUGUAAAUUCCCCGACAAAUACGUCUGCAAUGGGGUUUGUAAGAACACGAUCGGCAGUUACACCUGCACAUGUCCACGAGGGACAACUGGUGAUCCUAAACAAGCAUGCAUCCCCCACAAAAAACAGACUGUUCUGUUAGGUGUCAUCAUCGGCGUAAGUAAUGGCGUGGGCCUAUUGCUAUUGAGUACGAGUUUGAUCAUCCUGAGGACGAAAUGGAAGAGAAGAAAACAAAAGAGAAUAAGAGAAAAACACUUCCGUCAGAAUCAUGGUUUACUGCUACAACAACUCAUCUCUUCCCGUGAAGAUGUUGCUGAUAGAACAAAGAUAUUUCCUCUGGAAGAGAUAGAAAAGGCAACGAAUAAUUUUGAUGAAACUCGAGUGCUCGGUCGUGGAGGACAUGGAACAGUUUACAAAGGGAUUCUGUCGGAUCAACGCGUAGUCGCUAUAAAAAAGUCAAAGAUUGUGAAGAAGAGCGAGAUAGAUCAAUUCGUCAAUGAAGUUGCAAUUCUUUCUCAAAUUAAUCAUAGAAACGUGGUAAAGCUUUUUGGAUGCUGCUUGGAGACCGAAGUGCCCUUAUUGAUCUAUGAAUUUAUCUCAAACGGAGCUCUUUCGGACCAUCUCCAUACUUCAGAUGGUAGUUCUGCAUUGUCAUGGGAAGCUCGUCUGAGGAUC